GAGAGCAGAGUAGAGAUGUUACUCCUUUACGCCGGGACAACGUGGCUUUUCAAACUCCGAGUCCGAACGAAAACCGACUGGUGAAUAUGGUGAAUGCAAGUUUGAAGCGGAUAUUUGAAAAGCUGGAGACGAUGGACAAGAGAUUGGUUAAGAUGGAGGCGGACAUCAAUGAGCUCAAAGAGGCAAGAGAGGAGCCUGCUUCGAAGAAAUUAAAGAGAGCUGGGAAUAAAUCUGUUGCGGAAGCUGUACGCAGAUUGCACAAUGGGGAAAACAACACACACAAAUAUGACCCACAGACAAGUCUAUCCUCCCCCCACAACCUCGAGGUCACAACCUAUCUCUUUAAUGGCGUCUCCAUGGCUGUACCGGACGUAGAUCCUGCUGUUGUUAAAGCAUCCUGCAAGACAUAUUUUGAAACUGUUCGAAGGGGUUACAGGAUGGCCCAAGAUGAGAACAAAGAGAAGAUGGAGGACAGCAGGAUCAUUGCUCGCACGAGACAAAGAAAAAGAAGACUGCUGAGCAGCAGGACUGGUGUUCUCCAGACAGAGGAAGAGGCAGCUAUCUGGAAGACUGCAACAGUUGACCAAAUGUCUGAAGAGGAGGAUGCCAUCUUGGAUAGAAAGACGGUGUGGGUUUAUUUGUAUAUUAUAUUGUUUUCUAAAUAUUAUACACAGGCCUUAAUUAUUAGAUGGGGUUAUAUAUUGUAUGACUAAUAGUAAAGUGUAUUCUAUGCUAACAUAUUUUUUAUUUAUAGAAUUUUGAUUGUGUGUAUAUAUAUAUAUAUAUAUAUGUCAUGUGCCCAGUGUCAUUUUAAAAUAAUAAAAAUAACAAACUCAACUUUGUCUAUCUGAUUGUCUUGACAUUAUAACCAUGAACACCAAUGAUAAUAAAUAUUAAUGAUGAGUAACAAUAAACCCAAAU